UCGCAGUGCGAAGAUACUUUACUCGCGGUUGUUCUAUCGUAUUCUAUAAGCUGAUCUGUGGGUUCUGUGAAUCAGCAUUACCAAAAUGGCCGUCAACGUCGGGUUCGAUGAUCGAACGUACAAACUUUGAUAAAACAUCGAAGAGAUUGGGAGCUAUCGAUAAACGUAGAUUCUUAUAAAAAAAAAAUGACAUUAAAUCAUCGGUACCAUAAGCCUGAAGGCUUCUUCCCCAAGGGUGAAAUAAACGGGAAAGAGAGAGAUAGUUGAGUAUGAAUGGUGUUUAAACGGGAUAAGACAAAAGACAGGCGAUUUACCGAGCCGAUUAAUGAUUGGCUGCGCUUGAGGGGGUCGAAUAUAUUGGUCCCUCUUUUUGAUCUCUCUCAAAGAAAGAGAGAGAGAGGAAAUGAGCGAUAGCGAUUUAGGAAUGGUAACGUCGCCACCGGCGUCUGUGCUGGCAUCAUGCACAGGGACAAUGGAGGACGAGCAGGAAAAGUCCUCCCUCGAUGGAUCCAUCGACAUGAAUCUGGUAAACGGACCGAAUCCAUGGCUUCCGGCCUAUGGUUUCCAACUACAACAUCAUUCCCGUUUUCAAUCCACGCACGAGGAUCUACGUGUUAAAGACGCAGUGCCAGUACAACAAGUAGAUUUUUUAGAAACCAUUUUCGAAGAAACCUCCGACGAUUUGCAGAGUGAUUCCGAUCAUAGUGGGACGACUUAUUGGUUGGGCUCCGAUUCGGAAACGGAAAGUGUUAUUCACAUCGAGAGAAAAAACGUUACGGGCGAAAGAAUAAAUGAUAAUGAUGUCGAAUACAACUCCAUAAUACCUAAGAAGAAAUGCCGAAGAAAUAAUAACACAGACGAGCGAGAUCCUUAUGCGACUUUUGAUGAUUUUCCAAGAUCUCCGAGAUCUUCAAGGUCCUCUGGAUCAUCUAGAUCCAGUUCAUUGUUACAGUUCGAGUCUCUAGAAAGGACUUGCGCCACUUUAUCACCGUCCAGUUAUAGUUUCGAUUCUCUUGAGUAUUCCAAUCAUUCGAAUGUGUCUCACUUGGGGAACACAUCGCCGGAUAGUCUUGAGCAAGAUAACGAUGCAAUAGUGCAAAAUGGGUUUUCCAAUUCUGUCGAACAUUUUCCAAGAAUCAGGCCCUACCGUAGCUUCGAAAGUUUAGAUAUUUGUCAAAAGGCUACGGACUUUGAAGAGGUGACAACAUUCAAUGAACGUAUAUCGUCUUAUCCUAAGAGGAAAUUGAAUUUUCCAAGAUCCGAAAAAAACGAACUGCGAUCUAGAAACUUUUGGUACGGAGAGGAAGAAGAGGAAGAGGAAGAGGAAGAGGAGUUCGAGAACGACGGCGACGACGAAGAAUUCGAGGGAGACGACCGGUUAUUAAAUUCAAGUCGCCAUGGAUACUUCGAGGACCGAUUGCACAUCUUCGGUGAUUCGAGUUGCAAUUACGCGACGUCAUUGGAUUAUAAAAACACUAUAGAUCUGCGAGAAAUCGGUAUUGAGUCAAAAAGGGAUGCGUUCUUAGAUCUGAAGUCUGGCCAAAAGGCAACGUCGUCUUCCACGCGUCUGCUACAGACAAGUUUAAAUAUAACCGGUAGCACGGCUCAUGGUCAUAGUAAGAUGAACAGCGAACACGAUGCUCGUCAUUCUCGUCAUCAUCUUCGUCAGCAACAGCAACGUUUCGGUCACGAGCAUCUUCACGAGCAGCGGCAGCACCAGCAAUAUCAACGUCAACGGUGGACCGAAGAAGAAUGUUUUAAUUUUAGAUUCACGGAUAAAUCUCAAAGCGCACCCAGUCUGCCUUCGAUCGUCGACGAAUACGCUCACGAUCAAGAGCUCGUUUCUUCGAGAUCAAAGUCGUUUGUAUCAACAUCUAAUUUAUUUGAGAAUUAUACUAAAGUUAACAGCGUACCGAUAGACCUGGACCUUUGUGGCGUAUCAACAUCAACGAGAGAAGAGGAUGAACGAUCGUGUAACGAUAUGAGUAUGAGAGAUCACAAAAUGGCGGAAGUUAAAAGCGUACGCGGUCUGGAGGAUAUGCUGAAUCACGAAGAUGGCGAAUUGCUUGGAUCUAACGAGAAGGAAAAUAAUAUUGAGACAACAAAACGACGGUCAAAAUGUUCGGUGAGAACUCAGCCUGCGCAAAAUGCAAGAAUUGACGUUGGAGGGAUGCACAACGAUCUAUCGACAACGAAUAUGCAGAAUGGCGAAGAUGAGAACAUUGAUGCUGACAGCGAUGAAUACGAGGAUAAACAACAGAUCGCAACUACCGUGAAGACUCAAGAUCGUAGCAACGUAUUGGAUAUAGCGAUGGCUAUGGAGAACAAUAUAGACGCAGUCGUCGACGAGGCCAUGAAACGGUUACAACAAGAAAAUGGUGAUAGCAACGAUAUUGUAGAUGCUAUUCGUAAGCAGUAUGCCAAUAAGCAACUAUCGCAGAAGGUAAAGAAAAACGCAAGUUACGAAUUGGCUCAACAAUUUGAAGUUGACGAGAGAAGUUUCCGAAGGCGUGCGACACCAUCCUCCAGUGAUGAAAAUACGAGGUCACCUAGAAAUACUGGUAGGAAGAAACGAGUCAUCAAUAAUGCCAGUUACGAAUUGGCACAGCAAUAUGAUUACAUCAAGUCUCUUCAAGCUAGCAGAGGCGCUUUUCAACGAAUGGAUGCCUGCGAUGAACUGGAGGAAUCCCGUUCAGGACGAUCCUCGCGUCUCAAGAAACCUGACUCUAUAUCAACGCGUACUGGCAGCAGUUCAGCGUUGAAUCUAAGCGGUGAUUCUCGUGCCAACGAUUUCGCACCCUCGCUCGGCUCCUAUUCAAAGUCUACGGAGAAUGUUUCGAAGCAUAUCGAUGAAUCGCUUUUUGGUCAGAUAAAAAAAAACUCGGCUUUCUUUUCGGUACAUGGAGAAAAUAUUAAUAAACGUAUUUUCGUAGACGAUGAGGUAGAUUAUCCCUGCCUUGAGAGUAAACCCAUAGGAAAGCUUAACCUGAUGGACACCAUGUUAGAAGAGGAAGGAGAUCCCAAUAAUAGUGAACAAAUAAAUAACGACGGGACCUUUCGUGACAUUUUGGAGGAAACGAUGCUACUUGAAAACAUCGCUUCCUUGUGCGACGAUGAGACACGAGAAGAAAGUCCUGGCGAAGUGAAAUUGAAAAAAAAGAGAUCUUUCAUAGGCGAAUUUUAUCCAGAAAAGAACAAUUUGUCUAUUCGUACAAGAGAGAACGAAGAGGAUUCACCUUCGGAAAAAAGAGAGAAGAGAGAGGAGAAAUUGACAGAUGGUGGUGGAGUAGACGACGACGAAGAAGAAGAAGAAGAAGAAGACAGCAAGAAAAAGGAGCGGCAAGUUACGAGUGAGAUUUCCGGUAAGAGCGUUACGAAGAAGAUGGUAGACGCUGGGGAGAAUGUAGAAGCGAUGAUAGAGGGGCAUAAUAAGAAGGAGGCGGAAGUGGUGGUAGAGCAAGCGUGGGGACAAACUGUUCAUGGUGAUCGUACUUCCCCACCAAGCAGCAAUAAAGCCUACAGCCUGAAAGUUAGUCAAAGUAGUGGGAGUCAGUCAGCGACGGCAGCUGCUUUGCCAGUUGAUACGAAUCAUUGCAGUGAUCGUGACGGACAACAGGAGGAAAUGAUGAAGUCAGCAAUGACAACGGCGACGGUGACAACGAAGACAACGGAAAGUAUGACUUUACCGGCAAAAAUUGACAAUUUUUCAUCGACGAGCAAGACCACGGAUUCUUACACGAAGAAUGUAUCGAAACCUAGGAUAAAUACAACGGUUGAAAGAUCAGCAAGCCUCAAUUCUAAACAACCAACGGUUCUGAAGAGCGAAGAAAGAAAGAAGGGUGGUAUCGGUUGUUUCUUACAGAGAUUCUCCAAAUUGAGGUUUAGUGGUAGAUCGAAGGUACCUCGCUCGGAAAUACAAAGCAAAGGCGAUUCGCGUAUUGCACAACAUUCGAAUCGGAAUGAAUUUUAUCAGGAAAGGACGAAGAAGGAACCGGAUUAUAUCAUUAUACCCUUGCAUCCGCCGGACGAAGAGAGAUCAAAGGAUGAGGUCGUUGCACUUGAAAGUAGACCUGACGAUACUAGGAGAAUCAACGUCGAUCUUCAAAGGAGUGCCUCUAGUGUUAGUUCCGGUAGGAGGGCGCCAGUAUGCAGCAGCAAACCACCCCUACCACCACAACCACCCCGUCUAGUAUCAUCGGGCUGUAGAAUCUCGGGUGCGGUGGCAUCAUCGUCGUCGACGACUUCGGCACCGUCGUCGUCGUCGUCAUCGUCGUCAUCGGCGUCGUCGUCGGCGGGGGUGUCGCGCCGACGCGCCACGACAGACCUUGGAAAUCCGGCGGCUAUCGAAAUGGCGAAGGCCCGCGCGAUGCAGGCCGCUCAGCAGGAGCAGCGUCCGGUCGGGCUUCUCGAGACCGACCUCGAUGACGAGGUCGUAUUAACAAAAUCGUCUAACACGACGACGAACAACAUCGUUGAUUCAUCCGGCUGUAACAACGUUGGUAACGGAAACAAAAAAACUAGGAGUCUGUUAGAUCUGAACCACACCUCAAGCGUCGUACCCCAAGGUACGAGCUUAGAGAACGCCCUACGUGUACCUCAGUUGCCCGUCGGCUCUUGCCACAGGAACCAACGAAACGACGUAACCGCGUCUGGCAUCGAUCAACGCCCGCACAAAUCCAUGGAGUUUCUCCUUGACAAGGAGAACCUUCAUUUUGUUAAGCCACCAGAGAACGAACUGCAGAAGGUCGGUGAACGUGUGCCAAGUGAGCACGAAUUAAGGGUACAAAGGUCUCUACAACGACUGAACGUUCCGGACUGGUACAAAAAUUCUCCCACGGCUCGUGAUGGUUUCCGAUUAAAAAGGCACUCCGAUGCAUCUCAGCAUGGAGGUUGGCGUGCGCUCGGCUCGAAAACCACCUCGUUGUCAUCUCUUUCAUCCUCCUCGAAUAGGCAACCAACUACAGGCGCUCUAUUAAGCCCUAGUCCUACACCUCCCGUAUUCUCAAGAUGGAGUACCAGUUUGCUAAACAGUGCUGGAAGUUCACCGGCGAGUUCAGCAAAAUUAUCGUUCUAUCAUCGGCAACCUUAUUUGGGUUGGCGUUCGCAAGAACGGCUAAGCAACCCACGUACACCGGCGGAACGUCUCGCUCAGGGUAUACUUUCUCAGCUGCAAUCACCAAAUAAGCAACAACAACAGCAACAGCACCAUCAACAUCAGCACCAACAACAUCAGCAUCACCACCAACAACAGCAGCAGCAUCAACAUCAGGAGCAGCAAUUGCAACAACCGCAACAACAUCACCAACAGACGACGAAUCAGCAAUUGGCAGUGAGAAACUCUAUAAAGGAGGUGACUUCAGCCAUUGUGCAUUAUGUACAAAGCGGCCAGGAAGUUGACGGAAACGAAAGACUCUCUCCCUUGCCUCGACCAGAAGACUGGGAAGAUAGGGGUGAAGUAAGAUCUACCAGUCCCAGAGGAAGCGCGAGGCUCUGCUGGAUGGAAAGUUCGUUCGUUGGUACGAGACCUGUGGAUUCGCCGGAAACUCCGAUGAGCCUGGCUACGGAUACCGAAUGUUGCGUCGGGUGCAAUGCUACCGGUACAGAAUCGUGCAGUUGCAUGGACUCCGCGACUUCUGGUCUUUAUCUAGACGUGACACCACCACUCGAUGAUGCACAACCACCACUAAUGCACGGAAGUAUCCGCGGCAGUCUCUGUCCGUCACCUUCGUCCUCAUCCGCCAAUUAUAAUCAUCCUCAGAUAUAUCAACAACGGCAACAACAUCAGCACCAACAACAACAGCAACAACGACAUCACCGUGAUUCGGGACAGGGUGACAUGGUCGAGAUGACGAUGACAUCGGCUGUACCGCGAAACAAACCAAGCCCCGGGUCAACGACUCUAGAGGAUGUCCUUGAUUCCCUUCUGGGUCUGCCACCUGCGUCGCGUACACCUAGUCCUGGACCAGGUCCUGUAGUUAGCUCUACGACUUCGGCGUCCAUGCGUCAUCGAUCAAACAUUGGUCAAACUAAUGCUAAAGCCGGGAAAAGCUGCAGCGACCUACGUCAAGACCUCCAAGAGUCCGUUAGAAGCACGCUCGAGCUACAGGAAUCGUACGAGGAUCAACAUGGCUCGUGUGACGCAGUAAAGCUGACAAGACGAAAGAGCGAUGGGAGCGACCUGAUAUCUUCAAAAACUGCAUCAGCUUCCUUACAGUCAAAAUCUGCUGGUCAGCAGCGUCGACGACGGGUCUCCUUCGAUAAUGCUCAACAAGAGAGAAAUGGUCUGACAACGAAUGCCACUGACAAGAUAGUGCACUGUCGAAAUAAUAAAUGCACUAAUUCUGCCACUUUACUCGAAGCAAGAAAAUCCUACAAGAGCUGCCACAACUGCACCUGCUUGUACUGCUCAAGAGAAUGUAGAAGGGCUCAUUGGCAGCGACAUAGAAGAAUCUGUUUGCAUUCUCGUGCUGGUAGUCUCUGCAAAGAAGUAUUAUCAUCAGCAAAGGAGGAUCCAAGAACUUUAAGGCACAUUUCCGCCUUGGCUAAACGCGGUUAUGCUUCCCAUGGACGUGGCGCAGUAAAAUGUUUCUUUUCAAGUCCAGGCGCGGCAGAGAGAUUCGUUGGAAAUGGUUUUCCAGAGCUUGGCGAGCCUACUUACAUCAGAUGGUCAGAUCUAUUACCUGGUGAAAUGGGUGCAGAGCUCUAUGCCGAAGUAAUGAGGCUUUGUAAAUCCUACAACCCGGACACCAGAUUGGUUCUUUAUGUUGCCAUUUGCGUUGUUAGCGAGGUACCAACAAGCGGUGCUGUUAAAUGGGAACGGCAAUUAGUAUCACGGUGCGCCAAACUUCGUUUGGAUUCAGCUUUUAGACAGCCAAAUUUCUCUACAUCACCACAAGGUAAGCAACAAACAACAUCACCAUGCAACAUCACCAGGGAAAUGGACUCGCCGGAAACGCUUGUUCUCACAUCAUUGCCAACUAGCACCAGCGUUAGUCAGAAUGCAUCUAGAAGAGCAAGAGAAAUUGGCUUCACAAAUAUUCAAAGACAAUUAAAACUUCGUGGCGUUUCCCUUAAGAGGCACUUCCCUCAAGUAUAUAGGAAACUUUGCUCAUAUGUCGAUGGUUCUGUUGAUAAAUUCGCACCUGUAACAAUUUAUCCAAGAGAUCAAACUUCGGGUAAAAGCUUUAUGUGUAUUAUUAUGCUUGAUGCAGAGCCAGAACGACUUCGGCUACUUCCAACUGACUCUUCCAGAGUGAAAACUGUUGACAUUAGCGUAGAACAGGAAUAAAAUCUAAUACAUGGAAAAAGUUAGAUUGCAACCUUUCGAAUCUCUUUAAUUUUUCAAGAUUUAUCGUCCAUGGGAUAGAAUAAUGCUGUAUACUCAUAAUGAUGAGCGAUUUUUCAGAACAAAUGAUACAUUUUGUUGGAGAUAAAGAAUACAUUGGCUAUCAGUAUAUAGCUAAUCGAAUAUACUUAUCCGUGUUAUUCGAUGAUUGCUGAUAUAUACUAGAUUGCUAAAUUUCAUAUUACAAGUAUGCAGUAUAUAGAAACUGUGAUUUUACACGUUUGAAAGUUCUUACCAUUUUGUCAAUCACUAUGAAUGCAUGUCGUCAAGAGCAUUAAGCAUUAAAGGAUAAUUUUGUCUCAUGAAAGUAGAUGUGAGAAAGUAAUUAAAUAUACUUGAGUGAAAUAUAUAAUUAAAAGUAAUAGUUAUAAAAAAUGUUUUAUUUAAUAAAUAAUAUACACAAUAGAGAAUACAUUUCUUUACAAAUAAUUAUCUGUGAUAGCUGACUGAUUCCUGAUUCCCUUCUUUAUUUCUGUAUGUU